GGCACUGACAGCCCAGCUCAGCAUUACCACACUGCUCACCUGUGAAGCAAUCUUCCCAAGAGGGCCGAGCAUCCAGCCGGGAGCUGCCUAUAAAUGCGAGACACACACCGAGCUAUCAAACCCCUCUGUGUGGCUCCCUGGCUUGGACAGAGUGCAGGAAAAUGGCGGACCAGAUGUCACAGCUAGAAUGUAGCAUCGAGACCAUCAUCAACAUCUUCCACCAGUACUCUGUGCGGCUGGGGCAUCCGGACACACUCAACCAGAAAGAAAUGAAACAGCUGGUGAAAAAGGAGCUGCUAAACUUCCUCAAGAAGCAGAAGAAGAAUGACAACGCCAUAAACAAGAUCAUGGAGGACCUGGACACGAACGGAGACAAGGAACUGAGCUUUGAAGAGUUCUCCAUCCUGGUGGCCAGGCUGACGGUGGCCUCGCAUGAGGAGAUGCACAAGAAUGCCCCGGAGGGAGAGGGCCACAGCCAUGGGCCAGGCUUUGGGGAGGGCAGCCAGGGCCACUGCCACAGCCAUGGUGGCCAUGGCCACGGCCACAGCCACUAAUCAGGAGGUUGCCCACCUAGGGCCACAGAGAGGCUGAACGGCCUUAGCUGGGGGGCAAAAUAAAGUCUUCCUCCAAGCCA